AUAUCGCUCAUAGAAUCUUUGUUGCUCGCCGUUUGUAAAGAUCAAACACCUUAGAUCGGUGAAGAACAUUUUCCAUUUCCCUCAUCGGCCUUUUUGCUCUUUCAACAACGACGCGGUGAACGUACUGUCUCUCAAGUGGUGCCAUGGUCAUUGGGGAUUGCAGACACCAUGGUGAACAUUGUGGGUUAUCGGCGCUGGUGGCGCUUGGAUAGACCGGAAGUGCGGGAGAUUUUUCGCCGCCUCGGCGAUUACCAUUCUCGUACCGCGCUUUAAUAACGGACGAAAACGUUGGUGAAAAAGGGGUGAGAGAAAGGACAGAGAAGAAGAGAGAAAGAGAGAGAAAAGGAAGCGCGGUGCGAGCGGCGAGGAAAUUCGCGGUGCCGCGGGUGCUUUAAUUAGUGUUUAAUUAGAGACGAAAAACAGGACGCACACGGAGCUGCGGGUACCGAACACGCUUAUUGCCGGUAGACUGGCGACCGUGCUGAAAUCGGUUAUCCGACGGAUGUAACGGGGAAUGCGUCCAUCGCGUGAUUACCUAAGGCAGAUUGAAGGAAAACGUCCCUUACAUCGCGUCGCAUUUACGUAUCAUCUCUCGACGUGAUAUCAUCUGUCUCGUAAAAAACGCGUAGCGUAAGACGCGGAUCGUGAGGAAAGUGUCGAUGGGAGCCGGGUCGCUUCUUUAUGUUUCCAAUUCGCAUCAGGAAGAGAUGGAGCCGGGCGAGCUGAUAAUCGUAGCGUGAUCCGCGAGUGAUUUGAAACGAUGACUUAACGGCUCGGGACACCUCGAUACACACACGCGAAAUCUCCGUUAAAUCCGAUCGUGCUCGAAGCUACGGAGGGAAAAAGUGCGCGUAUCGCCGCGACGGGCGUAAUAUAUUUCGUGACGAGUAUUUGCGCGACGAAUAACGAGGGAACAUGUGGAGUGUAGUGUUGUUGUUUCUCGGACUAACGAAGGCUGUCUCGUACGUUGCUGGGAGCAGUACUGUCGACGAGAAAUCGGUUCCACUGGUGAACAUCAGCGUCGUGGAAGGAAGGCCCGCCGAAUUACCGUGCGACAUCACUCCUCCCGGCGAAGACACGCUGCACAUGGUUUUCUGGUUCAAAGACGAAGCCGGAGUACCGCUGUACACGAUCGACGCACGAGAUAAACCGGUGACGAAGGCGCAGCAUUCAUCGGACGCCGGCGUUUUCGGUCCACGGGCCUUUUUCCGAACCACUUUUCCAAACCCGGCGGUUCUGGUGAUCGACGAUAUAAAGCGGCACGACGCGGCGACAUACCGAUGCAGAGUGGAUUUCCGGAAGGGUCAGACGCGCAGUUUCCGAUACAAUUUGACCGUGAUCGUUCCACCGGAGCAGCCAACCAUCUUGGAUCGGUGGGGUCGCAUCUUGAACGGCACAGCUGGCCCUUACGAGGAAGGCGAUGCACCGUAUCUCACGUGUCGCGUCACGGGCGGUAAACCGCAGCCCAUGGUCAGGUGGCUCGUGAAUGGCCGAGUGAAAGACGAGGAAUACGAAAAUAAUGCCGGCGAUGUAAUCGAGAACAGAUUAACGCUGCAGCCCAUCAGCCGGUCUGAUCUCGGCUCAAACUUCACCUGCGAAGCGCGCAACACGGAUUUGGUGGACGCGAAGGAAACCUCGAUUACUUUGGAUCUCAAUUUGAAACCUCUAACUGUGACUAUAAGGAGGCCGGGCAGGAAAGAAAUCGGCAACGAGUCCCUCCUAGCGGGGAAGCGAUACGAUAUGGAGUGCGAGACUAUUGGUUCAAGGCCACCCGCGGUGAUAACCUGGUACAAGGGCCGGAGAAGACAGCUGAAGCACACGACGGAGGAAAGAUCGGAGAAUCGAACCGUCAGCACGGUGGAGUUCGAGCCGGGUGUGGAGGAUCAUGGGAAAUCUAUCACCUGCCGGGCGGAGAAUCCAAACGUGACCGGACUCUACGUCGAGAAGUCCUGGAAGAUCGACGUCGUGUAUCCGCCGAUAGUAUCGUUAAACCUCGGAUCGACCUUAAGCCCAGAAGACAUUAAAGAAGGGGAUGACGUGUACUUUGAGUGCCACAUUAGAGCCAAUCCUUCCUGGUCCAAGCUCGUCUGGAUACACGAUAAUCAAAUCCUGGCGCAUAACACGUCGGCAAGGAUCAUCUGGUCGAAUCAGAGUCUCGUCUUGCAAAGCGUGACAAGAAGCAGCGCCGGUCGUUACGUUUGCGCGGCAACGAACGACUUGAACGAAACGCGCAGUGAGCCGCUGCAUUUUCGAGUUAAAUUCGCGCCGGUGUGCAAGGAGGACCGGAUCAUAGUGGUCGGCGCGUCGAGGGGCGAGUCGCUCGACAUCGCCUGUAGGGUCGAGGCCGAUCCGCCGGCGCACAAUUUCCGGUGGAAAUUCAACAACAGCGGCGAGACCCUGGAGGUAGCACCUGCUAGGUUCUCCAUGGAGAAGUCGAGCGGCGUCAGCGUGUUGAGAUACACGCCGACCAGCGAGCUGGAUUACGGUACCCUCUCGUGCUGGGCGGACAAUCUCGUCGGUACCCAAUCCAGGCCGUGUCUAUUCCAGCUGGUAGCAGCCGGAAAACCAUUUCCGGUGCGCAACUGUACCCUGGCAAACCAGACGUACACCAGCGUGGAGGUGAAGUGCGUGCCGGGAUAUGACGGCGGUCUUCCGCAGAAAUUUGUCCUGGAGGUCUAUCACGGCGACGUCGACUUUCUCACUAGCAGCCAUCCUCUCUACAACGUCUCCAAUCCGGACGAACCGACCUUCGCCCUUGCCGGGCUGGAGGCAUCGGUGGAGGCCGGAGUCCACGUGGCGGUGUACGCUGUCAACGCCAAGGGACGGAGUCAACCUGUCACUCUCAGCGAGGUCACUUAUCGCGAUGCCGAAAAACGCACCGGUCAGGACGCCAGCAUUGUCUUAUCACCGCUGAUAGGUGUGGUGGUCGGCGCUCUGGUGACUCUGGUCCUCAUCAUCCUGGUCGUGGUGGUCAGAGUGCGUCGAGAGCGCGUGGCGAAACCGCGGCACGAGAAACCGGCGGAACUCAGCGAGUUACCGCCCCAACAAUACCCCAUGCAGAAUUCCCAGCAGACCGUAGAGACUGAUCCCGACGUGAUCCCGAACAAGUUCGAAGGUAAUCUCGUAGAGGUCAGCCCGCCGAGUUAUCCGGGCGGUUAUCCCCCGGGACACUGGGUCACACCUGGACCUACGCCAAGCAUAGACGAGCUCUGCCACAAGUUCACGGGGAGGCCGACGGAGCUGAGGUUACCGUCGAGGAGCACAAUAUCGAAUCUGCCGGGGAUGCCGGUGACGGGGGGGGUGAUGGUGGGCGCCGGUCAGGGCGUCGUCAUCGGCGGUGCCCAGGGCGUCGUCGUGGGUGGCGGUCAAGGCGUUAUCGUGGCCGGCGAAUGUCUCGACGGCGAGGCAAUCAAGCGAAGACUGAUGGCCAACAGACUACCGGAGAGCUGCGUUUAGAAGCGAGGCUCGUCCGCAGGUGACACGGUGUCGUCAUCGUCGUCGUCAUCGUCACCUUGAUAGCAAUCGAGAAGAUGUAACUAUCGCGAGACCCAGGCGAAAGAUAAACUCGAAGAACUCGAAGAACACUUGUCAACGUAUCCAAGAGCAAUUUUACAGAGAGAGAGAGAGAGAGAGGUGCUGUCGAGGAGAUGUUUAUGUUUUCUUGACAGCCGUCUAUUAGCUUUAACGUGUGUUUAUAAAUACGGCGCGAUCGACUCGGCGAAACUUGGUGGAAACGAUGAGGUUCGAGCGAUCAAUAGCAGGUCGGGGUUACGUGUCGGUUACGGAUCGUGCAUUAUGUGUCUCGCGAACGAUUGAUUCCACGCGAGCUGGUCCGAGUUCUCACAAUACAACUUCUCGCGGAAAUGACUCACGAGAUUAGAGACACCGUACGUCGAUUGUUUUCGAAACACGAUCGCGGCGAUCGUUACCUGAUUUUCCAUCCACGAGGCGAAGCGAGCGAAAGUAUGCGGAGAAGUCAACCGAAAACUUUUCAACAAACUUCCCGUUUCCCUCCUUAUCCUCCCCACUCGCCUCGUGGUGGGAAGUAUCGCGAAGUUCUAGCAUUCUGUCGUCUCCCGGUCGUUGACUUAACCGUCUUUGUUCCUCUCUUUGUUUCAAAUCAAAUGAUUUUCGACGGUGUCUUGUCGAAUGUUUCUUCGAGGGAGCUCGCUUCUCUUCGUUGUAUCAGCGUUACAGAGGAACAACCGCAAAUCGAAUGAAAAGAGAACCGAAUUUUUUGGCGAGACUCGCAAGAGAGCUAUCUCGAAAUUGAACUGGCAGAUUGAAUAAAUGCGUUUUCGGGAGAAAACUCUUUUCACUUUUUCGCAGAUAAGAUUUUUAUUGCACAAACAUUGAAACUCCACCUCUUCUAAUAUUAUAUCGUUUGUAGAAUUUUUUUUCUAACGAAUAAGUAAUUGAUUAUUUUUUUUGUUUUUUCCUUUUUUUUUCUUUUUAGUUAAUUUAUUUCGUUAUUAUAUAUUUCUCAGUUUCAGAGGCAAUUUUUUUCUCAAUAUACAUUAAUCUUUUGCCUAUUAUUAUUUCUUGCUCCUUUUCGGUAUCAUCUCCUCACGAACUUGUUAGCAUCUCUCGCGACAGCCCUAAAUAAAUCCGAAUUUCACCGGCGAGACAUUGGUCCGGAAGCAUCAGGCCGUGAAACACGAGAAAAGAUAAAAGGCUCUCUCGAACGAACCCCUUUUCCGAUGGCUCGAAUGAAGACAAAUGGAGGAACCGCGCGAAAAUAUACCGGAAGGAUAAGUGAGGAGGCGAAGGGCCGAGUACACGGAGAAGGAAUCGGACGGUGAGAAAGGCGGAAUGAGAAGGGAAGAAAGGGAAUGUGCUGCGCCCGAUAUGCUACUUCGGCCUGUGUGUAGUUUGAAAGCGUGAAAUGCAGUUUUAAGGUUGAACGAUCGGCUCCGAUAUCGCGAUAAAAAGCGUGAGAAAGAGAGAGAGAGAGGGGGGGAGGGGAGGGGAGGGGAGGGGGAGCGAGGAAAACACCGCGCGGAGAGACACCGCGGGCAUCGAAAUACAUCCCGUUUUAAAUUCCUAAUUCGAUAUUUCUGGGCACACAACUUUCGCGCGCGGCAUCGAGAAAUGGUAUCGAACUUUGCACGACGUUGCUCGCAUGCAAUAACGAUACCAUCAAAUUUCAUACAAUCUUCACCUUCCCUCCGUCCCCUUCUCCUCAAAUGCUCAUGAAUCAUCGACAAGACGCGCAGCAGCAACAUUGAAACAUCUUUAGCUCGCAUCAAUCGUACUCUGUCCACCUGUGUGUAUAACAUGCGAGUAAAUGAUUGAAUUAACAGGCGGAGAAGACGCAACUCCCUUUCUCCUUCUAUCUGGGGGAGAGGGUGAAUAUGCCGAGCCGUGUAAUGUACAAAGCGAAAUGAUUCUUAGAAAAUCAAGACCAGGCGCGUAUUGUACUCUAUUGAUAAUUGUGUUUGUGCAUGCGUGCGUGCGUGUGUGUGUACGUGUGAUAGAACAUUUGUAAAUUUUUCUACCGAUAUGAUAUGAGUUUUCUGUAUUCCCGUAAAAACAUCGGAUAUCUCUUAUGAGAUUAUCGAAUAUUCUCAAACGUUUUCAUCGAAAUACUCUCACCCCAGAUGACGUAUGUGUAUGUGUGUGUGUGCGGGCGUGUGCGCGUGUGUAAAUAUAUACCUAGAAUUAUGUGUUUAAUUAACGAAUUCUUUAUCGAAUCGUUAUUCGCGACUUCGUUUGAUUCGCGACGGGAAAAGAGAGAGAGAGAGAGAAGGAGAAACAAAAAAAGAGAAAAAUGGAGCAGCACAAGAUAUCGCGGCGUCCACGAAUUUCUAUGCACGCGUGAAGCUUCACUAUGUAAGGAUGUCUGCAAAAACUGGUCUUCCAUGUGACACUUGGCGACGAAAGUCGUGAAAACUUCUCACGCGCGAGAACGGAACUAACGAAUCGACACGAAAAGCGUACCCCUAAUGGAAUGAUGUAACGUGAACUUUGUGCUCGUGAAAAGUUCUCUCGCUUUGAAUGAUCGAUAGGCUCCGUAAUGUGUAUAAACAAGAAAAAAAACAGAAAAAAAUACGAGUGAGAAAUCGACGAGUGAAUAACGAGUGCCGUUAUCUCGCCGGGACGCGAGAAGCGACCGACAUCGAAAUCGAUAUUGUCGUAGCGCGUCUAUUUCCGAUGUGUAAAAAAAAAACGUUAAUGAUCAAGUACACACGAGAUACGAGAUUGCUCGUUAGCUCAUGUGAUCGCUGUAUAUAUUAUCACGAAAGAGUCUAUAAGUCGAUAAGUUGACGAAUGUUCAAGUUUUUCGAAAUGAUUGUCGAGCGCACCUGGUUUAAUUAUUAACGUUUACACGGAGAAGUAUCGUUGAAAUUAUUUCCGCGACGAUUGUCGCGCUCCGAUAAGCGCCGUUUUACGGAGAUUUCUUUUAAAUUCUCUGCCAUCUAUGUUUUUCAACGAUGCGCAUGUAUCUUUUACGUCCGUGAAAAUCUGUUUCGAAAAGUUUCGGGACGAAUGACGGAGAAAGAUAUAUAAUACAUUAAAACGGACCGAGAAUUAGAAAUAAGACAAAGCACUACUGCCCAUUCAUUUUGUAAAACGGGGAACGUCGAGGACAUUGACACACAUACUGUAUACACAUGUGUGUGUAUGUGUGUGAGGAAGAUCGCCAAAGUAGGUAAUCAUGAGUUCUGGGUGUCGACGUAACCCAAUUACCAAUCAAGGGCAAAAGAAAAAGAAAAGGGCAAACGUCACAAGCAAAUAAUAAUAGCGAGUAACGAUUGUACAUAAUCAGUACGUAACGACGCGACAGAAUCUAUAUGUAAAUCGAUCGGCGUCGUCGAAGGUUCACUGUAUAGGUGAUUUCAUAUCAGGUCCCUCCCUCCCUCUCCCCCACCCCCUCCCACUCCGCAUAUCGUUUAACUAAAGUCGUAUGUAUAUACAUGACACCAUGUUUUGAUCUGAAAUAAACUGUUUAAUUGUCCGAAA